AUGAGUUCUUCAAGUUCAUCAAGAAGAGAACCCGGUGUUUUCUGUCUUUGCGGUAAGGUUGCUCGUCUACAAACUUCAUGGACUGAUGCCAACUCAGGAAGGAGGUGCGUAGAUUGUGCCGAAAAUGCUCGUCGCUUCUGGAAUUUGUUUGACCCUCCAAUGUGUGCAAGAUUAAAAGAUAUAAUCCUUGGUUUGUUGCGUAAAAUAAACCGGUUAGAAGCUGCAACAAAUCGCGAAUAUGUCAAACCUGCAAGUGACCUUCAUGAGAAGGAGAGGUACUUGAAAAAGAUGAAGAAACUGGAAAAAGAAAAUGCACGUCUGAAGCAGAAGAACAGAUAUUUACUAGUUUUAAUUGCUGGCUACCUGUACGACCUCCACUUGACACCAAAACUUGAUGAGUUUUUAAUCAAUUGUUUGCUUGAUGAGAAGUUUUGUGGUCACUAUGUUCCUAUUGCAGCUAGUAAUGAGGUCAUCACUGAUACUACGAAAGCCAUAAAUUCGUAUUUUCGUAAGAGCUUCACAAUCGAGUACAUAAGAAGCGGCGUUGGUAAUUUAGCCAAACGACAUGAGGUUUUAACAUCCCUUAAAGUCAAGGCUGGUGUGCAAUACGACGCGCCCAAAACAAGUUUCAUUGUUCAGACAAGACUUGGAAUGCAAAAUAAUGGCCGCGACAAAGGUGUUCAAAUCAUAGAUGUGGAGGACUACACACCAAAGCAUGCCCCUGUGAGUAGGUUAGUUCCGUACCCUGUUCGGACGGACAUCUCACGUAAAAAGCAACCACCACAUCUGGCCUUCUAUAUAGGUAGCAGUUCAAAGCCCCGUAAACAAGAGCAUUCCAUACAUAGUCAAACUGGGUCAACAGAUGGAUCUGUCAACCAGCUGACAUACUCCACUCAGAGUCGUGCGGAUGAAGUGGAACCAAAUUCUUCGUCCACUGCAUGUUCUGCCACCCCUAUGGAUUUCACCCCUGAUUGGCUGUGGUACUAG